UUCGGGCGCGUCGAAGGGGGCCGAGAUUGGCCGAAGCCGGGCGAACACGGACGAAUAGUCGGCUCGAAUCGCGCUGCCGCGAUGCAUCGGUUCGAACGCGCGCACGGGCUGGCUGUCUCGCUUGUCUCCCUAGUGCGUCGUUCGAGGUUUGUCCCUUCUCGUUUCUCUAUUAUUGCAACUCGUGACGGGCAGCGAUUUUUCGAAAAUACACGCGCGCCACUGCGACACACCAUCGAUAUCGGUGUAAUUUCAUCAUAGUUUUCGAUUGACGUUACGACGUUACGAAGAAUGUUCGAACAUUUUCUAUAAGUACAAGUGGUGACUCGAUGAACUCGUUGCCCGCGUGACACUUGAAUGUGAUCGUCGACGCGCGCGCGUUAUCCAUUGCCGACACGCGGUUUGAUUGUCGCUUGUGACAGGUUCCCAUUAUGCUCGCUCGACAUUCGGAAUUGUGUGCAACAUUUUGAUACAAACGUUUGUCUAUGUAGUUCGCGUAAUCAUCUCGUCGAGGGCGCGACGGAAGAGAAAAACGCACGGAAUACGGAAGGUGUGAUGUAUGUGCCAAUUGACAACUAACCUUUACGCGAGUGCACGCGUGUGCCGCGUGGCUAUCCACGAUCUGAAGUUUUCGCGGUUAUACGAAGCAUCCGGUUAUUUGUGGCACGAGGAACUUCCUAGAGGAGAAGAAGCUAAUAAAAUAUCGAUCAGUUGACAAAGUGAAAAACGCUUCUCCGAUCAGGCCCGUUAUGGAUUCCUAUCCGAUGGGGGCACUAUGCAGACCGAGGAAAUCGUGUCUCGCACACAAUCUACUGGUAUAGACGGCGGCCCCACAGACAGCGCCUCUUUGCAGCAUCAUCUGCAUCACACGUCGCACAUAAAGUGUCCGUUGCCACCUCUGCUCCACAUGGCGGUGAAGCAGGAGCCACAGGAGGAGGAGGAACGAAGUCGUGACACGAAUGCGUUGAGUCCGCAAGUAGACGCAGACAUCUCGCCGACGUCCGUCGAUGGGAAACUCGGACACGAAACGGGCCAUCAUCAUCAUCAGAUCCAAGAGCUUGAGGAAACUCCGGGGCAGACCGUUGCCGAUCUGAAUAAUCGAGGAAGGCCGAGCCGUGGGCGCAGGAAGUCGCGAUGGAAGCUCAAGUUCCACCACCAAGCGUUGCCACCGGAGUAUCUGGACCACUACGAGGCAUCCCUCGCCCAGGAGGCACUGAACUCGUCGCCGACCCGAGUGACGGAGCCGACGGUGGCCAGCCCAGCGCCAACCAGCUCCACCUCGACGCCAAGCCCCAUAGCCGACGUGCACGGUUGGUUGCAGCGGAUCGCGGCGAUGCAGCAGGAGCUCUGCCCUCAGAUCCCGUCCGGCCAGUGCUCGACCAUGGCGCCCAACAACGCGCCGAGUCAAGCGUCGGUCUCGAGGAGAUCCGUCAUCACGUCCACCUCCUCUCACGCGCACAACAACACCAUAACCACCACCGCCCACCACCACAACAAUCACAAUCAACAGCAGCAACAAUCCCCUUCGCAAGCGUGCCAAGCCAGGCCGCCCAUGAAAUACUCGGAUCUCCCUUACAUGGGCGAGAUCACGUUGGACAACAGCAAGCCGAGGCGGGGGAGGAAGCCGAAGAAGGCGGAUAUCUGUCACUUGAUAUACAAGAAUUACGGGACCAUACUGCCCGGAACCCCUGGCCACGAGGAGAGAAGGCUCUCCCCGAGGGGGGAGAAGGCGGUUGGCGAUUGCCGAGAGAGGAUCUCCCCGCACGCGAUUCCGUUCCAGAGGUCCGACGUGCAGAACAGGAUCAGCAGCUUGUUGGAGAAACGAUUGACGCAGGAGUCGCGGCGCACUUUCGACGUGGUGGAGAAUUCGAGGGAGCAGGACGAGCCUUUGAACCUGUGCAUCAGGGAUCUGAAUCAAUUGAAGAUCAGAUUGUUGAGGAAGCACGGGAACGUGUACGAGUCUGGACAGGUUAAGAGCGAGACGUCGAGCGACGGGGAAGAAGUCGAGUGUAUAGGAUCCACUUUUCCCACUGAAUCGAGUUAUCGUCCGUUGUUGGAUCCGUUGGUUGUUCGUAACAGCGGGAAUCACAACGUGAAUCACAACAACAAUAUAAUCGAUCCCAUGCUCGCCACUAAUCCGGGAUUCGUGUACUGGCCCAACGCUGGCGUGUUUAUCCACCCGAUGGCGCUGCAGUCGCAGCUACUCUACUACCAAAAGAUGGCGCAGAACGACAAGACGUGCUACCCGAGAGCGAGUUUGGAACAAGGGCCGAAAGAGCAGAGGAUCGUUCCUAAAUCGAUAUACUCUAUGAUGGAGGCGAAGAGCCCGCCUCUCGUUCCCGCGCCACCCGCCACCGUCCAACCGUUGACACCCGUCCAAACGGCCCCCCCGGUCCAACCCCCGCUCUCCCCCAGGCCGAAGAGGAACGCGCCGCCCGUUGCCCAAGCGCAAGGAGGACAGCCGACCAAGAGGAAACGGUCCGCCAUAUUCAUACCGCCUAUGCCCACGGAGAACAACAACAAUCCCGCGACAGAGGUGAGCAUAUGCAAAUUCAAGUUCACAGGUGGGGCGAAACCUAGCCUCCAAGAGAAGAAGAGCCUGUCCGUCGAUUCUGGGGGCAACUUCAGGUAUUACAGCGGAACGGGGGACAAGAGUAUGCGAGGAUACGAGUUCUUCCCACGCGAAGCUCUUCAACAGUCCGCCGGCCAGUCGGCCUCCUCGACGGGCGCCUUCCUCAACGCAGCCGGGGAAAGGAUUCAACCGCCCCCCUGCCAGAGGAGCGGGGGCAACAACCAGGAGGAGGGUCGUCGCAAGAGGAAGACGCGAAAGUCGUUGCAGAGGGAGAAAUUGGAGCAAACGUUCAAGGAGAAGGGGUUCCUGAUCCAGACGCAGCAGCUGGAAUCCGCGGAGGGCGCCACCUAUUGCAAGUUUAGACAACUUAGAAAAUUCACCAGAUAUCUGUUCAGAAGUUGGAAGGACUAUCUGCCGGGGAACGUGCGCGAGUUGACCGGGGCAAUGGACAACGAGAUCGGGGACGGAGACGCGGAGAGCGACACGAACGUGUUACCGUCCCCUGUUCCGAAUAUGGUGGACGUGCCGUCAGCCUUCGUCGACGAGCACCGCGCCCUGCCUCUCACGUGAGAGACGGCCACGAGGCGAGCGGUCGGUUCAACGUUAACUUCAGCCACGGUUCUCGGGGCCAAGAUCAGGGAAAUCGCUGAUGAAUCGCUCGCGUUGCUUCGAUCGAGGGAGCAACGUGAGGUGGGGAUGGAGAGGAGGCAAGUCGAUGUAAGUUUUCAAGGACGUAAAGAUUUUUGAUAAAGAAGGAUUGUGCUCGCGAGAUGGACGAUCGGGAAAUUUGUUUGAAUUAGGAAGUUUCAAGUUUUGAGAUUAGAUCAAUUGUUUAUCAUUGGAAAUGGAUUUCAAGAGAAUUAUGUUAUUGUGAAAAGAGGAAAUGUAUCUCUCUUUUUCAGAAAGAAUUUUCCACGAUGAAAUAUAUAAAAGAUUGUAAAAAUUGCGACUGACAAUGGGAAUUAGGAUAGGAAACGAUAGAUUCAGCUAAUAGGUUAAACGUGAAAGACAAUUGCUUAACUUUCACUUUGUACUCAAUGAUUAAUAAUAGGUAACUGUUAAUGUCAUAACGUUUAAGUAUCGAAACUUUAUAACACCUUAAAAAUGCAUAAAUGGUAUACGCACAUUUUUUUACAGAGUAAAGAGUGGAUUUUUUUCUUAAAUUUUCAAUUCAUAUUUUCUUUCUUGAAUUUGUUUAUUUAAAAAAUUAUUAGUUUUUUUUAAAUUUUAUUAAGAAUUGAUACAUUACGAAGCAGAUUGUUGAUUUGUUAUCAGGAAUGGAAACAUUUUUUUUUUUUUAAUAAAAAUAUAUUUCCACGAUUUUAUUUAAACCAAUAUAAAGAUUUUUAAAUUAUCAUCUAUUAAUAUUAUAUUAUCUUUUGAGCUUGUAUUGACUGUUAACCGAGCAAAAAAUUAAUUAAAAUUCGAAAAAAAUACAAUAACGAUGUUGACCAGUUGCUAUGACAUCAUAUUAUAUCUAUUAUUAUAGAUAAUCGACAUAAUCUGUGUAGUAUUUACUGGUCCUUGAAUAUCAAAAAAAAAAAAAAAAAAAAAAAAUGUGAAGAAAAAUUAUAAUAUCGACGAUUAUAAUUCAUAAUGAACUAAAAAACAUACGAUGUUAAUUGAUCUUUACUUACAUAAAUAAGUGAUAUAUAAGUCUGUGAUAUGUAGUAGUUCAUUUCAUAAUUGAUAAAAAAACACACACAAAAAACACUGAUCAUUCGUUUUAAUAUUCUUAAAAAUAUCCAAUUCAAAAACUAUCUAAUGAAAAAGAUAUAAAAACAUCGAUUGAAAUUCAUUUGUCGAAAACUUUAAACGAAUUUAAUUUUAGGUUAGAAAUGCCCCCUAUGAUCAAAUCACGUUUACAUCAAGCCAAUCGAUUAAAUUUCAAUCGAAUAAAAAUAAAAUUUCGAUCGUUUACGAGUCAAAGUUGUCUCGAUCUAACGAGAAAAGUUAUGCAGAUCACCAAUUUUCAUAAAUGGAUUUAAUAUCAACAAUCUAUCACUUCCAUUUCAUUACCAUCUAAUAAAAACAUCAUCAUCGCACGACUUAUAAAUAAAUACGUAUUAUUUCGUGAAUCAAAUGAACGAACGUACAACUAUUAACAUAACCUUAUAACAAUGCGCGAUUGAUCGAUCGUUUCACUAGAAGAAUGAGAGAAAAGAAAGGAACGUAUAUCGGUGAGAGAGCGGGAAAGAGAAUCGUAAAUGCUACCGCGAGCGAGGAUACGAAGAACAGAUGGCGUUCGUGUAUCGUCACGGUUAUAAUAAUAAUGUAAAUUCGAUCGUAGCUCCGUGCCAAAGAUGGGAGACUGGAAUGUAAAUAGCGCUGAAAGGACGUGUUUGUCGUAGUUAACCAAAGAGCGUGGUUUCGCCGAUUAGAAGCGGAUGCGAGUAAGGUAAUCUUCGUGUGUUAAGAAACAAGAGGCGUGACGCGAUAAAUUCAGCUUUCUAGGCGGCCUGCACGGGACGAGGCGAGACUUUCGUCGGCUUUCGAUUUUGCAAUGCAUUUCGUGCGCACCUAGAUGAGAACAGAGAAUGAGAACGAAAAAAGAAUUGAAAGAUUCUUCUUUGAGAGAGGAGAGAGAGAAAGAGAAAAGAGAAGAGAAAGGAAUAAAUAGAAACGGGAAAGUCCCGUAUAAUUAUACGAUUAUCAUGAUUAUUUUUUAAUCGUAAUCUAUUUAAUAACGCCUAACGAAAUCUAGUCUUAUUUAUACUCUUUGUUAAAUCAAAAGCCGUGUUUUUUUCUUUUUUAUUAUUAUUAUUAUACGCACAGCGAUUUAUUUAUGUAUGUAUAUAAUUCUACACAAUUUGUGUCGGCGCGUGGCGUACAUCGGAGUGCAAGGAAUGGAGAGAAAUGUGUGGAACUGUUGGCGAGAAUAAAAUUGAAAUUGUGAUUGUAAAACGAUGGCGAUGGCUAGCUGACGUUCGAUGAAUUUAGGAAAUGUUAGAAUUGGGAAACGAUCCGUACCUGAGGCUUGUGGCGCCCUCCUUCGAUUUUUCGCUUUCGAAUCGUCCUUUAUUCGAGAACUUUGUAAAUGGUUCAGGUUUUAGAGACGCGCACGCGCCGACGAGUCUCCAUUGUUGGAGGAGAAAUUGCGCUCAAAAUGGCGAUGAUUAACGGUGGAACGAGGAAAUGUGCAACAGGAACCGUCCUAUAAUCUGUAAUCCUGUUAUUAUUAUCCUGUGCAGCGACACGUUAAACCAUUUUGUACGUAUUGCCAAUUGUAAAGAGAUCAAUUCUUAUAGUCUGUAAUAAUAAAAAGUAAUUGUUACUUAUAUUAACGUUA